AUGGAAGAUCUCGAAGCCGACGAUCUGAAUCUCAGCCUGUCCAUCGCCAUCCGUACGACGGAUCGUCGCACCGACAGCGGCGGCGGGGGGAUAAAGAGGAAGCGAUCGCCGCCGUUGCCGCUGCUGUCGACCUCGUCAUCGUCGACGACGACGGACGGCAGCCCGAAUCACGACGGCGGAAACAUCGAGGGGAAGAUCUUCCGCCUCCUCCAAAUGCGCGAGCAGAUAAUCAAGCGGCCGCGAACUGACACGACCCAUCAUCGGAAAUCUCCUCCGCCAGCAGAGGACGAAAACGACGGCGGGAGCAAGGAGGGACUCCACCUGAUCCACUCGCUCCUCAUCGCCGCCACGGCGGUCGACGAGGGCAACUCCGAUUCCGCCCUCGAGAACCUCGCCGAGCUCUACCGGACCGUGUCGCUGGUGGGCGACUCUGUUCAGCGGGUCGUCGCCCACUUCGCCGACGGCGCCCCCACCGCCGAGGAAGAGUUCCUCGCCUUCACCGAUCUCUACAGGGUCUCCCCCUGCUACCAAUUCGCCCACUUCACGGCGAAAUCAGUCGAUCAUCGAGGCGUUCGGACCGCGAGGCCGUUGCCGCCGGCGGCCGGCAACAGCGGAAGCCCUCCACGUCAUCGACUUCGACGUCUCGUACGGUCUCCAGUGGCGUCUUUAAUCCAGGCCUUAUCGGAGCGGGCCACGCCGGCGAACCGGAUCUCCCUCCGGGUCACCGGGUUCGGCAGGGGACCCGACGAGAUCCGAGAAACAGAGUCCCGCCUCGUCAGCUUCGCUAAGGGGUUUCGAAACGUGGCGUUCGAGUUUCAGGGGCUUUUGAGAGGAGCGAAGCUCGUGAACCUGAGGAAGCGGAAGAACGAGACGGUGGCGGUGAAUCUGGUGUUCCACCUCAACACGCUCGGCGGCGACCCGGUCAAGAUUUCCAACACGUUGAGGUCGGUCCACGCGCUGGAACCGUCGGUGGUCGUCCUCGUCGAGCACGAGGGGUAUCGAAAUACGACAUCGUUUCUUUCGCGUUUUAUGGAAUCGUUGCACUACUUCGCGGCGAUGUUCGAUUCGUUGGAUGAUUGUUUGCCUAUGGAGAGCCCCGAGAGGCUCGGGAUCGAGAAGAAUUUGUUGGGGAAGGAGAUCAAGACGAUGUUGAAUUGCGAUGAUUAUGAGGAUUCGAACCUGAGACAUCAUCAGGGGUGGAGGACGACGUGUGGGCCCCCACCUCGGUACGAGAAGAUGGAGACGUGGAAAGGGAGGAUGGAAGGGCACGGGUUCGCCGGGGUGAAGCUGAGCUCGACCACGUUGAUUCAGGCGAAGCUGUUGCUGAAGGUCAGGGCGCAUUACGGUCCGACGGUGGAAGUGGAUGGGGAGAGCGGUGGUGGUGGUGCGGGGUUUAGGGUUUUCGAGAGGGACGACGGGAAGGCGAUUUCGCUAGGGUGGCAAGACAGGUGCUUGAUGACGGCUUCAACUUGGAAUUGUGUAUGA